UUUCUGAGUGGCACUCACCAGCUUUCUGCAGAAAUGGCCCCAGUGCUUCGUGCUCAUCUGCCAUCCACAGUGACUUUGGUUCUGCUCUCAUCUAUGCUCACUUUGGUUGCUGCUGGGAAGCUGCUGGUGGUGCCAGUGGAUGGGAGUCAUUGGCUCAGCAUGAGGGAAGUGUUGGACAGGCUCAGCCAGAAGGGACAUGAAAUAGUUGUCGUUGCACCUGAGAUCAAUUUACACAUAAAGCCAUCAAAGAAUUUAAUUAUGAAAAUGUACCCAGUCCCUUUCACACAGGAAGAGAUGGAUCAUGCUUUCUGGAGAAUGAGUGAUACUGCAUUUGAAGAAGGACCUUUUCUACAAAGAUUUCUUAAAACACGUGAACUGAUGAAGAAUAAUUCUGCCAUGUUUUUCUCUACCUGUACACACUUGCUGCACAACAAGGAACUUCUCAGUUACCUUGAGGAGAGCAAGUUUGAUGCUGUCUUUACAGAUCCAAUGCUACCCUGUGGGCAGAUAGUGGCUGAGUAUCUUUCCCUCCCUUCUGUAUUUUUGCUGCAGCAAAUACCAUGUGGUUUAGAUUCUGAAGCCACUCAAUGUCCCAGACCCCUUUCUUACAUCCCCAGGUUAUUUACAGACCUUACAGACCGCAUGAACUUUCUCCAGAGGGUGAAGAAUAUGCUCUUUGAACUCCCAAACUAUUUUCUCUGUGAUUUUGUUUUUCAACCAUAUGCACAACUGGCUUCUGAGUUUCUCCAGAGGAAAGUGACUGUGACAGGUCUUCUAAGCCAGGCUUCCAUUUGGCUCGUGAGACUAGACUUUGUUUUCCACUAUCCAAGACCAUUGAUGCCCAACAUGAUUUUUGUUGGUGGAGUAAACUGUGCUCCCAAGAAGCUAUCUCAGGAAUUUGAAGCUAUCGUGAAUGCCUCUGGAGAACACGGCAUUGUUGUCUUCUCGCUGGGCUCCAUGGUCUCUGAGAUUCCAAUGAAGAAAGCUAUGGAAAUUGCAGAUGCCUUGGGAACAGUCCCUCAAACGGUUUUGUGGCGAUACACAGGACAGACACCCCCCAACCUGCCAAAGAACGUAAAGCUUGUCAAAUGGCUGCCACAGAAUGAUCUUCUGGCUCACCCCAAGACUCGUGCCUUUAUUACCCAUGGAGGCUCACAUGGUGUUUAUGAGGGCAUAUGCAAUGCAGUGCCAAUGGUCCUGAUGCCUUUGUUUGGAGACCAGAUGGACAACGCCAAGCGAGUGGAGUCACGGGAAGCAGGACUGACACUGAAUAUACUUGAAAUGACGUCAAAGGACAUAUCCACUGCCCUGAAAGCAGUUAUUAAUGACAAAAAGUACAAAGAGAACAUCAAGCGCCUCUCCGAUCUUCACCUCGACAGACCCAUCCACCCCCUGGACCUGGCUGUGCACUGGGUGGAGUUUGUAAUGAGACACAAAGGGGCCCCGCACCUGCGACCUGCAGCUCACGACCUGAACUGGAUCCAGUACCACUCCCUGGAUGUCAUCGCCUUCCUCCUCGUGGUUGUGCUGCUCUCCCUCUUCAUUUCUCUGAAGUGCUGCCUGUUCUGCUGCCGCAGGUGCUGCUUUAAAAAGGGAAGAACAAGGAAGCCAGCCAAAGCAAAGUCCCACUAGCAGAUGAAACCAGUGGUAGGAGAUAAGACCAGAAGGCUCAGGGAACAACUCAACUUUCACUAAAAUAAUAACAGUUCCUUUAAACUAGCACUGUGGGAGGGGUUGAUUCACUGAUAUAAUUUUUGCCUUUAAUUAGGAAUCUGUUGUUAAAAAUAAUUUGUGUAGGAGUAAUUCAGUCACUUGGGAAGGUAUUACUGUGAAGUUCAAGGCUUCAUGCCUUGGUGUACAUGGUGCCUUUUUUUCAUUUCAACAUCUGUAUGCAAUGGAGCUAUAUUGAGAUUUCAUAAGACUUUGCCACGAGAGCUUUAGGGAGCCAUUUGCUAUGGUGUAAGACAGGUUUAUCAAGCACUUUAAAAUCUUGGUUAUAGGAUGGGUAAGUAUUACACACUGACAGCAUGUGUGCCUAGCCUGGCUCAUGCAACACAUCUUAAAUGGGUUUUGUGUUUACGACAUCCUGAGCAAAAUUAGUUUUUUUGACAGAGAAGUGGUUAUAAACCCACGGGUGCUUCACCCAAGUUCUCCAUCAGGCAGAGUGCUAGUACUAGAUCUUACCUGGUUAGGUGAUGAGGCGUUUGCAAGCAAUGUUUACAAAAUCCAACUGAAAUCCUAUUUGUAAAUGGUGUUCUGGUAAAGAUGCAAACCCCAGCCCCUUAAAUAAAUCCCCAAUAUUAACAACAA